CUUCCUCGAAGCUGCUGCCAUGGCACUGCUCACAUCGCAAGCAUUUAACCCUUCGUCCUUCCUACCUCCUUCCACUCAAACCACUCUUCUUCCCCUCUCCAUUAUCUCUCUUCCCCCAUUCCUCUGCUUCUUUGGGUCUAUCAUUUUGCCAUGAAGCUCAUCAAGAUCAACCCGAAGCAACUCAUUGUCAGCCCCAAGCGCUUCUUUCGGUCCAAGAAGGACCGGUCUUCCGACUCUUCCGUGUCCAGAUCCGACCCUUUUUCGUUUGGAUCCGGAACUUCGUCAUCCUCGGGUUCUGACGCCUCCACGUCAAUCCAUAAGCCCGGUUCUGGCGUCGUCAUCGCCGAUCUUGGGACCCCCAAGAGCGUCCUGCCCGAGAUAUCGGGUAACUGGUCCGAUUCCUCGGCCGAUAUGCAAGCGGAACUCGUGCAAACGUUCAAGUUCAUAGACAGUUACCACGACGGGAGAGUGUCAAGGAAAGAGCUGGAGGCGCUGCUGAGUAAGAUGGGAGCCGAGCCACCGAGCGAGGAGGAACUGACGAUGAUGCUGAGCGAGGUGGAUCGGGACGGCGACGGGUGCAUAAGCCUGCAGGCGCUGCUGAGUAGCGUGGGUUCGGCUAGCGGGCAGACUCGCGACACGGAACUGCGCGAGACGUUCGAUUUCUUCGACACGGAUCACGACGGGAUGAUCACGGCGGAGGAGCUGCUGGGAUUUUUCACGGCUAUAGGGGACGAAACGUGCACGUUAGAGGAUUGCCGGCGCAUGAUAGCCGGUGUGGACAAGAACGGCGACGGGUUCGUGUGCUUCGAGGACUUCUCGCGUAUGAUGGAGCUGCAGAGAUGAUCAUAUCAUCAUGUCACGUGGCUCCCUGAUGUUAAGGAUAAAUCCACAGUCCUUUUGUAUUUUGAUUUGGUAUUUCCUUUUUUGGUUGGGGGUGGGUUGGGGAAUUUCGUUGUAUUUCUUGUGGUGAGAUCAGUCAAGCGUAUUGAGAUCUUGCCGAAGAUGGAAUCGGACGGCUUUGGUCGGUCGAGCUUUAGAUUUGAGGAAUUGUGUUCUACUUUUACGUACAUAUACUAUGAGAAAAUAUAUAAUAUAUUUUUUCA